CCUCCUCCGCGCCCCGGUAGCGGAAGCUGCUCCGCCGACCUCUCGCCGCCGCCAUCUCGGGCCGAAGGAGGAGUCGGCCGCCGCUCUGCCUGGCGAGGCGGGGCGCGGAAGGGAGGAAAAGGCGGAAGACCCGGCGCGGCCUAGUCCAACCAUGUCGGAAGGGGACAGCACCGGCGAGUCCAUUCAUGGCAAACCUUCAGUGGUCUUUAGAUUUUUCACAAGACUUGGACAGAUAUACCAGUCCUGGUUAGACAAAUCUACUCCGUACACUGCAGUACGAUGGGUUACAACGUUGGGUUUAAGUUUUAUCUACAUGAUUAGAGUUUAUCUACUACAGGGUUGGUACAUCGUGACAUACGCCUUGGGAAUCUACCACCUAAACCUUUUCAUAGCUUUUUUGUCGCCAAAGGUAGAUCCCUCUCUAAUGGAGGACUCAGACGAUGGUCCUUCCUUACCCACGAAGCAAAACGAGGAGUUCCGGCCCUUCAUUCGAAGGCUGCCAGAGUUCAAAUUCUGGCAUUCCGCUACUAAAGGCAUCCUUGUCGCAAUGACAUGUACAUUCUUUGAGGCUUUCAACGUUCCAGUUUUUUGGCCAAUUCUCGUGAUGUACUUCAUCAUGCUGUUCUGCAUUACCAUGAAGAGGCAAAUCAAGCAUAUGAUAAAAUACCGAUAUAUACCGUUCACGCACGGCAAGAGGAAAUAUAAAGGGAAGGAAGAAAUGGGGAAGACCUUCGCUAGCUAGAAAUCAAACCGCCUGCUGACCAACUCCCUGCAUUAUAAUUAAAAGACCGGUUUUGAGCCA